AUGCCGAGGCAGAACGGAGGCGGCUUGCCUAUCGUCGAAGGAUCGACCUCUACUGCUACCAACUGGAACGUCGAAUCAUCUGGUACGUUGCUUUGUCGUUGUUCUAUGUCCCGCAACUACAUAGAAACUGUACCUCGUCGUCCUUUUUUUAGAGCUCUUGGAUGUGCUCUUUUAUUGCCGUUGUGCCACUUUCAGACUACAGCCUCCUCCUUGUCCUUGAAGGCCGUUUAUCCUUUUUGAUUUAGUCAUUCGUAUUUUUGUUCUCAGACUUGUAUGUUGCAAACCAACUACUCGACGCUACCUUCUUUGCGGUUUUCUUUGGCUAUAACAGUCGUCGGAAGACUACCUAUCCCAAGUAGCAUGCUUGUUGCCCAUUUCGUGAAGGUGCUCAUCUGAAGAAUCUAGAUUAAACGAAGGCAUUUUUUCCUGAGCCGUUUCUAACGUAGCGGUUUGCUGAAGAUUUUCGAAUGUCGAUUGUUCACCCGGGCAAUAUACUUAGCAUGGAAUCCUUUGACGAAUACAACUCUGGCUUACCAGCCUUUGCCCGACGGAAGAACAUGGCGACUAGGGUUGGUAGUGAACUCAUCGAAUAGAUCGAGCAGGGUGGAGCACACAUUUGCACUCUAAAGCAAAACACAUUCUCCAUUGACUACGUAAGGAUCUUCUUUGCGAAACCGUUCCUGGAUGGGCUUACUAGACCGACGAGUUCAUUUAUCUCUUCUGACUUAUCGGUAGUUGAGGUAUUCUAAGUCUGACCCGGUAAAACUACUCACGGGCAUAUGCUACACUUUGGAUGGCGGCAUUAUGUCACUUUAGCCAUUUUUCGCGCACUCAUCUCCAGUCAGCCUGACUUGAAUAUUUCAGUGAAUGACGGAGGAAAGAGAGUAAGGUGGAUGUACGGAGAGACAGAGAGAGGCAAGUGCUGUGGAAGUCUAUCUCACUCUAGUCCGAUUGAUGCGCAAGUUACCGCUGCGCUCUCAAGCCACUUCUGGUCCUAAUCACUUGGGAUAAAUCAAUUAUCUGAACGUUGACGCUCACUGGUGACAAACUUGUUUGAGGGAGUAAGGAAGAGCGGCGUCACCUUUUUCCGAUCAUUGUCGCUUUUCGCAUCCGCACGACGCCCGCCCAUGCCUUAGGCGGUGUGGCAAGUAACCUUACUAUCCAGUCGGUGCACACUCGUACCUCAAGAAACUCAAUAACCGCCUCCAAUGAAGUCAGCCAACAACCUCUCCCUCAAGACCUAGAUAUAGCCGUCCUUUGAGCCAGACAAACUUGUAAUUUUGCUUGCUUCAUGAAGUUAGCAUUUUUAGCUCCUGUAUCCCCAUUAGAACGGGCUUUGUUUUAGUGAAAUCGUACAGAAUACGUCGAUGAAUAGGCCUAAUUCGGGUGGCUGAGGUGCCAGUCGACCCAGGUCUACAAUUGAGGGCUGUAUCUCAGUUCCGCGAAUGCUUGGCAUGUUCUUUCCAGUUUGGGCUACCUUUAUCCAUUUCAGUGUUAAGGUUUGUAUUCUACCCAUUUUCACUACAGGCAUGUGUACGCUUCUCAACGUCGCUUAAUGCUUUCUUUCCUACCAGCUGAGAAGUUCCCUAGCCUUACGCACUGUGGCAGUGGGGAACAGUUGACAAGGUAUGCACCCAAAUUUCGGAGCAGAUCUUCAAGGAGAUUCAGGAGGAAGUGAGUUAGUGGUUGCAUCUCUAAAUGCGGUUGCCCUCAUUUUUAUCAGAGCUUGGUUGACCCCCUUCCCCUUUUGUAGGGGUGCAUCUUUCUAACACAGCACAUGCAUUUCCUUGAUUAACUAUCUUCGAGUAUUCUGAUAACUUUCGGGGUUUGUUUGACAAUCCCGCAAGACCCGUGAUACCACCCUGCUUCAAGCUGCAGUUUACCUGCUGCAUAUUUGCUGUUCUUACCACAUGAUGCUCUUCGACCUAAUUUUUUUUGUCACAAUAGCACGAAUCAGCUUUAGCUUCAUCGACUCGACUGCCUCUUAAUACAAUCUAACCCUGUUUUCCAGCCCUGAGGAAUUGUUAGCAGAGCAGGCUCUCCGUUCUCCAUCAUGGAAUCUGUCAAGUAUACGAGUUUCGGUGCCAAGUGGUAGUCAGCCACCGGCCACUCCAGUCCGUCUGCCUUGUCCCCCCGCAGUCUUAGACGAUCCCCUUACCCGGGAACAGAACGUAUCCAGCGUUUCCGUCUUUCGACUGCGCUCUGCAGGCGACCUCUAUACCUCGGCACUCAGCUUUGCCACACAGAUCUCCACGCCGGAUCUUGAGGCAGCACCAGUGUACGCGUGCCUACGCCCUGCCUACUGCAUGCAUAUGCUGACUUCCUUUCCGCUCUGAGCGUCUACUUCAUUCCCCAGAAGUUUCACCUACUCGUCCCUCAGUUGUGCACGCAUGCUUGCUGCUUCGAACCCCCACUUUGCAUAGUCCCUCCACGUUUGUGUUUAUCCUCUUGUCCUGCCACACCGGCUGUCGGCUAAAAUGGUUUCGGUAUGCGCGCGCCCCGGGGGCUCUGUGCUUGCUUUCACACCUGAGCGACGACUGGGCUCAUUCACUUUACCGGCGCGUCGACGACAUCUCCAGCAUGUCGACCCGGUAGCCGUUACCUGGUCUCAUCGGCCUUUCUUACUGUUGACACAAAUAUUCUUCUCGUAGGCGUUUAAACUGGUGACUCGUGCUACUAUUUGUCUCCUUGCCUGUGUUUUGACACCCAUGACGGGUGGUUCACGUCGCAUUUCCCUACAACGUUCUCAGUCUUGGACUGUAAAAAGAGCAAUCAAUAGGCAUAUGCAGGGCCGGUGCAAGUAAUUAAUCCCUACUUUUGGGUGUUUGCCUACGUUUAAGAACAGAACCCAUCAUUUCAAGCCACAAAGGGGAUGACAACUCCUUUUUGUGAUUGAUAUCAGUGGCGUUGUUUAUUGGGUAAGACUGACUUAUAUGAUCACCUAAACAGUACAUGAGAAUAGAAACGCCCAGCCCAAGAAAUAAAGGUGGACCUGCUCAUAAUUCCGGAAAAGGCAGUAUUCCCCUGCCCUAACCCCAACAAUGACCCUGAUAUAAAAAAUAAACCAUUGCCGUAAUCUUAACCCUAUCCCAAACCUUAACUCUGCAAUUAAAACUACCCCUUACCUCAACCCUAAACUUGAUCCUGACUUACUUUAUCGUCGGCUUUAAAUCUAGCCUUAAGACUUAUCCUUAACUUAACCCUAACCCUAAUUUCACUGGAAGUUAGUUUGAAUCCACCCGUAUUACAGGCGGUUCCUAUUCUCAUGUCCUAUUUAGAGGGCUAUAUAUAAGUCACCCUUGCCCUUUAUUAUUCUUUUAGGAAUCGCAUUUGAAGAUGGGGCAUUAGCUGGAUGGCUCGGAUUGGUUGAUAAGUAGCUUGGCAUAAUCGGCGACGACAAUGCUCGGAUUAAACUCCUGUUUUGAGUAAUAAUUUUGGUCUUCAAUGGAUCAUUGCCAAGGGGGAUGCAGAGAUAUUUUACCGGAUUUUCGUUAGCUGUAAGCAUGUUUAACACUAGGACUGUAGAUGCUACGGGAAUAGGCUAGCCGACGUGGUUCUUUCGUUGUUGGAUCGAGUUCUACGGCCUGAGGUCGCGUGCGUUUGGCUUGAGCAUCAACGAUAGGACUAUUCCUAGAGUCACGGUUUGUCGUGUGGAGGCGGACAUGGAGAUGUUCAAUCCGAGAUAUCCUUGCCCGGAACGUUCGUCCACAGUUUGGGCAGAUGUUGAGCGGUUGGUCAACGUGUUCAGUGCGCUUCGACGUCAUGUUAACGCCAUAGUUGCUCUUAGUGGUUUUGCAAAACCUGGAUGCGCGUUAGAUGCUAUGGUACGUGGAAAAGGCUUGUCUGUAUGAACUAUGUUCAUCGGUACUACACUGGUGUGCUUUGGACUGUUUCCUGUCCUCCUGUAUUCACUUCGUUUCGAAGAUGGCCGCGUCGUUCUUGGUCCACUCGGAUAAUCGAUAGCUGUUACGUUGUAUACGACGAUCCCUUUAUCAGCCUGUUAGGCAGCACUACCGUGAAAUGUUGUGACAGGACUACUUACUACUUCGACGUACAUUUCCCGGUUUAUUUUGUCGUCGUUGUUCUGGUUACCUCCAUCACCUCUGUCUGCUUCUUUUAAUUUGUGCACUUCCUAUACUUCCGCCGGUGACGGAUGAUUUUUUUUCAAAAUGGAAGCACCGCUACGCCAGUGUUCUCCCACACUCGGAUUUGCUUCUUAGUCCUGACUUUUUCUUCCGACAGACUCAGACCUUCCUCCUCGACACCGUCCGUGGUAAAGCUCGACGACCCCACUCGAGAACCCCAGCCCCAAUCCCAGGCUGCUGAAGACCCGACUCACGUUGGCAUCUACGAGAACGACACCGAGUCCAUGAUUGUUCAAAAUAGCCGGACACGUGAUAUGGGAGUUGGUGACGAUGGCGGUGACGUCAGUGAUCCUCCAGAUAUGGUCGCACCAGGUUUAUAAGAGACAGAAUUUCGUACCGUUCUUUUUAACCAUUUCAGCGACAAGUAAACAACUCUGUAAAAGCCAGGGCUCAGAAGAGGCACUGACUCGCUUUACUGUUUCCUUCAGACCCGUGCCAUUAUGUGUAGCUCUUGUUUCAGCUCCCUGAAUAGUGUGACUUGCACCCUUCUAUAGGACCACUUUUUAACAGAAUUCGAGUCUCAUUUCAAUGGUCGGCCAUCAAAAUCACUAAACCGUUUUGUCAACCGGUUGUGGGUCCAUCCAUCUACUCGCAUGCUAUCUUAACAUUUCAUAACAGUUCGCCGCCUUUACAUUUAUUGCAUGACACUUUCAUCUAACCACUGUUGAUCUUGGGCAUUUUUUUCUCGCGUACCCAUAAGUACUUUAUUAUUCGACUACUCAAGACUAGUACUAAUGAUGGAUGACAGAAUCCAAACCCUAGCCUGGAAAUCAAUGGUUUUUAGGCCUUCGGACUAGUUGUUCCAAAAAAUACUCACUGUAAUAAUAACUCCCUCCUCCGUGUUUGCGUCAUUGAAUUCCACUUACAUUUCCCGAAUGAUUCGGCUUCUUAAUGAUUCCUUCAAAAUCCCACUUUAGGAAGCGCAUAUUUCGUCUAAACAGUCUUAUUUGUGAGCAUUACUGUACUAGUUGGGGGAAUGUUUGCAUUCCCCUUUUUGUCGUCACUGGCGUGCACGCGUAAAUGUUCCUGAGAAACACCACACUAAUUAGAAAUUCGUAUAAUGAAUAAUUUUAAAAAUAUCCGGAUAGGUCUGGCAUACAUGCGAACCUAUUUCCCGAGAUGGUUUUCUUCUGAGCAUGUCACUCGAAUGAUUAAUUGGGAAUUACCCUUUGCAAAUUUUUCAGUUCCACUGUCGAACUACACAACUUGUCUUUCCAAUUCGUUAUUGCCUUGUGUCUGCAGGCUUGACUUGCCGUUUCUCGGCUGCCACAUAAUAUUGGCGUUUCUUAGUCAUAUUUAGUGAUUAUAAUUGUUGGCCUUAUAUGCCAUCUAUUUUCUGGUCCAUGUGAAAUUCAGAACCACCCUAUGAACGCUCAGGACAGGGCGUGUUCAACUCAUCACAGAACGUCAGGGGACGAACCUCUUCCAAGUUCCCGCGUCGCGUUAACAUUGCCUACCGUGUGCGCCUGUUGCCCUUCAUUCCGCGCUACUGUAUUAUCCGCUUCGAUCGCCUACAGCUUAGCGCCCUCUUUGAUCGGUAA